UAUCAGGAUGUUUUAUCCUGAAUUCCUGAUUUUCAGGAUGAGUAUGAGGUGCCAGACCUGAAAAAUCCGAUUAAAUGAAUUUCUGACCCUGUAAAUUCAGUAUGGUUAUCAUAUGACAACCCUGAGAACUCAGUAUAGUGUUCGUGUACCAGCCCUGACUGCUCAUCUCUCAAAGGUGUCGGGCAUCAGCACCGACGGUGCCGCAGUGAUGGUUGGAGCCACGAACGGGGUCGUUGGGCGCCUUCGACAGCGGAUCCCGCAUGUGGUUUCUGUCCACUGCAUAGCGCAUCGGUUCGUUCAUGCAUAGACUUCAUAUCCCCGACCGCGUUGAAAUUCUGCCAGGAGUCGACAAGCGGCUGGCACGCAAGGAACUCAGCACCCUCGUGCCAGUGCUUGCUGGUGUGCCAAAAGAGGAGCAGCCAUUCCAUGCCGGACUUGCAGCCAUCCUGGAGACCAGCGACUGGCCGCGCAGCUACCCGAAUCUCGUGCGCCUGUGGGUGGCUGUGGCAGUGCUUCCUCUCAGCACUGUUGAGUGCGAGAGGGGAUUCUCGCGACAAAAUGUGAUUAAGAGCUGGAACCGGACGAGUCUGUGCAACGGGAAGCUGGAGGAUCUGAUGUGCAUGAGUUUGCUAGAGUAUGACAUGAACUGGGAUAGGGUCAUUGAGGUGUGGCGCGGCAUGAAGAAGAGACGGCCAAGGAGGGCCCACCAGAGCGAAGUGCGUGCGAGGAAGUCUGCCAAGGGCAAAGAGAAAGUGGUGGUGUUGUCCGAAGAGGAGCAUGAUGAUGAGGCACGAGCGGACGAUGAGAACAGCUGCUCCAGCAGCGGGUUUAGUUCUAGUGAUGAUGAGGAGGAUGGUGGAAACUUCUGAGUCGAGCCACAUGUAUGCUGCAGUACUGUGAAU